AAACUUAAAAAAAAAACCUACUCUUUCAAAAGUGUAAACAAAGAUUUUCAAUAUUUUUUAUUUUUAUAAAUAAAAAGGAUUAGAAUUAAGUUAAAGUGAAAAAUAAAAAAUAAAUAAUAAUUAGGCCAUCAUGGAGACUAGUAGCUUGAAGACUUGCUGCGGUUGCCUUAAUAAUGGAAGAAGAAUGGUGGUUAUAAAUGGAACAGAUUUACAAACAAGUUUUUCGCUAAUAAUAAAUGAAAACCAGAUGUCCACGAGUGAACUAGAACUUUGUUUUGAAUGUGAAGCAUUGCUGCGUCGGUUCACAGUCUUCAGGAUACAAGUUGCUGCAUGCUAUAAUACCCUUCACAAAUACGCUCAACAAGUGACAAAACCUGUAACCCGAUUGGGUACACACAAAGUGCAAUACAUAGAUGUCACCAACUGGUUCCCACCGAGUGAUGAACCAGCUGCGUUGUUGGUGGAUGUCAAAACGGAGGCAGAUGAUGAUGAGGGUGAAUACCUGAACGAUGAACCACCCUAUCAGGAGGAUGUGAUCAUUGAGAAGCCUUUUAUUAAGAGAAAGAAAAAAAAGAAGAAACCAGCAGUCAAACUAGAGAAGGACCCAGAAGUAGAAUUCACAAAGGUGAAAUUAAGUGACAAAGAGAUAGCACAAGAGAGAGAGUUGCUAGCACUUAAAGAUGACUAUGUCAAUGCCAUGUUUACUUGUGACGGAUGUAUUGUAACUUUUCCCAAUGAAGAUGACCUCAAAGAUCAUAUAUAUGUUAAGCAUGAUAUGUACGCAUCCCAGUACAAGUGCUCGGUGUGUUCUUGUACAUUCCGUUCGGAGGUGUCGUAUAACUACCAUACAAACAAACACUAUCGUCGCUACCAGUGUGUAGUUUGCGCGGAUCGGUUUCACAGCAAGCCCGCCGCGGGGAAACACUAUAGCAUGGCUCAUUGUCACGGAGCAGAAUACGAGUUAGACGAAAAUAACUAUGACGUCACAGUUGCGAGUGUCAAAGACGCCGAGGACAAAGAUGACAGUGGUCAAGAGAAACACACGUUUCCAUGCCAGUACUGCGCGAAGGUGUUCAAAUGGAGGACUUCUCUGCGGAAGCACGUAGAGAAGCACCGCAUAGAAACAGGGGAGAAACGCACCCCCUACUGUGAGCCGUGCAGGUUAUCAUUCACCUCAACACCGAACCUACAGAAGCAUGUGCGAACAAGUUCCAAGCACAAAAUACAGUUAGCACUCAGAAAAGUGAACGGCGUAGAAGCAAACGGCACUCAGAAGAGUGCCUCCAAACAGAAGUCACAAAUGAUGGACGAGAUCAAGUCUUCAGUGAAUAAGUCACAGCCGAAGUUCAACUGCCAACAAUGUGAUAAAGUGUUUCUCUGGAGGGGGAACCUAAUGAGGCAUCUUCGGAGCCAUGCUGCUAAGGCGAAAGGUGAUCUAGUGUGCAAGCCGUGCAACCGGUCGUUUUCAUCUAUAGCGACGUACCAGCAACAUAUGAAGAUAAGCAAGAAACACGUCUCCGAAAAUGACUUCAAAUAUAUGUGCAGUGACUGCGGUAAACGGUUCGCGAUCAAGUUGCACCUCCGGGACCAUAUCAACUGGGAGCAUCUCAAGAACUAUGUGUACUCUUGCGACGAGUGCCAGAAGGUGUUCAAGACGAGGAACUCUGUGUACCUGCACAAGCAGGCGGUGCACAUGAAGGACAGUCUCGAGCAUCUGUGCGACCACUGCGGGAAACCAUUCCCGAACAACGCGAAGCUCCGCAGCCACAUCCUGGGCAUCCACAGCGGUGGGGUGCAGUACCAGUGCGCGCUGUGCGACGCGCGCUUCAGCUGGAAGUCGUGCCUCUCCCGCCACGUGCGACUGAAGCAUCGCAAGCGCGCCGACAGAGCGCGCGAGCAGUAGCGGCACUGACACUGACAGUGCUAUUGUGUCACUGUCGGUGAGCCUCUGAGCUAUUGCUGUGUCAGUGAGUUAUUGUCGCGUCACUGGGUUAUUACGAUGUCGUUAUAUUACUAUUGAGUCACUGGGUUACUAUUGUGUUAGUAAGUUAAUACAAUUUCAGUUAAUUACUAUAGAGUCACUGGGUUAUUACAAUGUCACUGUCAGUGAGUUACUAAUUACUAUUGAUUUACUAGCUUACUAUCGUGUUAUUGAUUCGUUGCCCUGUUACUGUCAGUGAGUAACUAUCGAGUCCAUUGGUUAUUUCCGUGUUAGUAAAUUGAUAUUAAGUUAGUGAGCUAUUAUCAUGUCAGUGAGUUAGUAUAGACACUGGGUUACUAACUAUUCAGUAGGUUACAAUCGUGUCACUGAGUUGUUACCAUAUUACUGACAGUAACUAUCGAGUCAAUACGUUAUUACCAUGUUAAUAAGUUGCUAUAAAGUUCCUGAGCUAUUAUCAUGUCAGUGAGUUAUCGUGUUAUUGCGUCACUAUCAUUUUAAUGUGUUAUUAUCGUGCCACCGAGUUAUUUUAUUAUCAUGUCACGGUCAGUGACUUACUAUCGAGUCACUAGAUUAUUAGAACCGUGUUGUUUAAGUCGCAAUCAAGUCGCACUGAGCAAUUAUCAUGUCAGUGAGUUACUAUAGUCACUGGGUUACUACAGUGUCACUGUAAGUAACUUACUAUCGAGUUGAUAGGUUAUUACCGUGUAAAUAAAUUGCUAUCUACUUGUUUUAAGAUACUGUUACGAACUAGGGUUCGAGGCGAUCAAUAUACCUAUCAAGAUCAAUAUACCUUUUAAUUAGAACAUAAGCAUGUCAGUGACCUAUAAUCGCGGCUGUAAAACUCACGGGGUUACUUCCAUGUCACUGAGUUAUUUGAUUACCAUGUCACUGUCAGUGAGUUAUUAUUGAGUUGAUGAAAUUACCGUGUUAAUGAAUUGAUAUCAAGGCAUUGAACAAUUACCAUGUCAAUGAGCUAUUAUCGUGUCUAUAAACUCACUGGAUUACUACAAUGUCACUGAGUUAUUCGAUUAUCAUGUCACUGUCAGUGAGUUAUUAUAAAGUCACUGUAUGGCGUAAUUUUUUUUAAGAUAAGAAAGUUGAAUGAAUUUGAGGACUUAUUAUUAGUUUUUAAUUUCUUUGCACGAAGUCCCCUUGCAAAGAAAAAUAAACUUUAAUUUUUAACCUGCAUGAUUUUUACCCACAUGAAAUAUUUGCUUAAAUGUAUAAUAUUAGUUUGUUCAAUGUAGGAUGGUGCGGGUGACAGUUCGUUUCACUUUUGAAAGUUUGCCGCCAUUCACGAUAGUAGUACGUAUUAUGAACGUCAUACAGGCGACUGUCACCGGACCCAUGCUAUCAGAAAAAAAACACUUUAGAUAGGAAAAUGAAUUGAUUGACAAAUGCUUUUAUAUUGCAAAUAGUACCUCAUAAUGAUCUCUUACAUUGUACAAUAAUUAUUGCUCGCAUGAGCAUUUAAGAUUAAAUAGAUAAAGAAAUUGAUUUAUAAAUGUGUGCAUAUUAUAAAAAUAAAUAAUUAUAAACAAUUUUUGAUACAGAA